CCCAUGAGGCGAGGCGCUUCCCGCGCCUCCAGGUCUAGCUUUCAUCACCGGUGGGAGCUCUGAGCGCUGCCUUGAAUUUGAAAGGGGGGAGGGGGGGUGAGGAUGCUGCUGCCAGUUUCACAGACCGCUGCUGCGAGGAGUGGGCGUGGCCUCGGUGGUGUGGAUGCUUGUUAGAAAAGAUGCUGGGUGCUUUUCAGUGAGGAGUCAGAACAGUGUGUGUGUGUGUGUGAGUGAGAGAGGGAGAGAGAGGGACAGAGGGAGAGACAUAGUGACAGAGAGACAGGUGCUGAAGAGCCAGACAGAGCUGGGAGAGAGUCUGAGAGCAGGACUGGAGCGAGGAGAGCCACUCAAUCUUUUUGGAGUCCAACGAAUGUGAACAUGGGGUCUGUCACGGGAGUGGUCCUCAAGAUGCUACUUCUGUUAUCUACUCAAAAUUGGAGCACGGUCCUGGCUGGGAAUUCCUAUGAUUGUGAUGAUCCUCUGGUGCCUGCCUUGCCUCCGGCAUCAUUCAGCAGCUCUUCUGAGCUCUCUAGCAGCCACGGUCCUGGAUUUGCAAGGUUAAAUCGAAGAGAUGGAGCUGGUGGCUGGUCUCCACUUGUGUCGAACAAAUACCAGUGGUUGCAGAUUGACCUUGGACACAGAAUGGAGAUCACUGCAGUGGCCACCCAAGGUGGGUAUGGGAGCUCCAACUGGGUGACCAGCUACCUCCUGAUGUUCAGUGACAGCGGCAGGAACUGGAAACAAUAUCGACGGGAGGACAGCAUCUGGGGAUUUUCUGGAAAUGUAAAUGCAGACAGCGUUGUGUACUAUAGACUCCAGCCUUCUAUCAAAGCCAAAUUUCUGCGUUUCAUCCCUUUAGAGUGGAACCCCAAGGGCAGAAUUGGAAUGCGAAUCGAAGUGUUUGGAUGUGCAUAUAGAUCAGAGGUGGUUGAUCUUGAUGGAAAAAGUUCCCUUCUCUAUAGAUUUGAUCAAAAUUCCAUGAGCCCAGUAAAAGAUAUUAUUUCUUUGAAAUUUAAAACCAUGCAGAGUGAUGGGAUCCUACUCCACAGAGAAGGGCAAAAUGGAGAUCACAUCACAUUGGAAUUAAGAAGGGGAAGACUCUUUUUACUUAUUAAUUCAGGUGAAGCUAAGCUGCCCUCCACUCAUAUGCUGGUCAAUCUCACCCUGGGCAGCCUUCUGGAUGAUCAACACUGGCAUUCGGUGCUCAUCCAGUGCUUGGGCAAGCAAGUCAACUUUACAGUAGAUGAGCACAGGCGUUGUUCCCACACACAGGGAGAAUUCAGUUACCUGGAUCUUGAUUAUGAGAUCAGCUUUGGAGGGAUUCCAGCAGCUGGAAAAUCAGUGUCGUUCCCACAAAAAAAUUUUCAUGGGUGUUUAGAAAACCUCUAUUAUAAUGGAGUGGAUAUCAUUGAUUUGGUCAAACGACACAAACCACAGAUCAUCGUUAUGGGAAAUGUGUCAUUUUCUUGUUCACAACCACAAUCAGUGCCAGUGACUUUUCUGAGCUCCAGGAGUUACUUAGCACUGCCAGACACUUCUGGAGAGGAUGAGGUUUCUGCUACUUUUCAAUUUCGAACUUGGAAUAAGUCAGGACUUUUGCUAUUCAUUGAACUUCAGCUUGUCUCAGGAGGCCUCCUCCUCUUUCUUCAUGAUGGAAAACUUAGACUGAACUUCUACCAGCCGGGAAGAUUACCCACUGACAUCACAGCAGGUGUUGGAUUAAAUGAUGGGCAGUGGCAUUCCAUCGCCUUAUCUGCUAAAAGGAAUCACCUGAGUGUGAUGGUGGACAGCCAGUUGGCCUCAGUUGCUCCUUCUCUGGGGCCUGAGCAGAUUUACCCAGGUGACACCUAUUAUUUUGGAGGUUGUCCUGACAACGUCUUUGGAUCCAAAUGUCAAAGUUCACUUGAUGGAUUUCAGGGAUGUAUGAGGCUAAUUUCCAUCAGUAACAAAGUGGUGGACCUGAUUUCAGUUCAGCAGGGGGCUCUUGGGAACUUCAGUGACCUUCAAAUAGACUCCUGUGGUAUCACAGAUAGGUGUUUGCCCAACUACUGUGAGCAUGGUGGUGAAUGCUCCCAGUCCUGGAAUAUUUUCACCUGCGACUGUGCACACACAGGUUACAGGGGAGCAACUUGCCAUAACUCUAUCUAUGAACAGUCAUGUGAAGCCUAUAAGCACAGAGGAAAUACUUCAGGGUUUUACUAUAUAGACUCAGAUGGAAGUGGCCCCCUGGGACCAUUUCUUGCAUAUUGCAAUAUGACCGAAACUGCAUGGACUAUCAUACAACACAACGGCUCUGAUUUAACCAGAGUCAAAAGCGCUAAUCCAGAGAGCCCAUAUGCUGGGUUUUUUGAGUAUGUGGCCAGCAUGGACCAACUCCAGGCCACAAUUAACCUAGCGGAACACUGUGAACAGGAGCUUACUUACUACUGCAAGAAGUCACGGCUUGUAAAUAAGCAAGAUGGAACCCCCCUGAGCUGGUGGGUUGGAAGAAACAAUGAAAUGCAAACUUACUGGGGAGGCUCUUUGCCUGAUCCUAAAAAAUGUACUUGCGGAUUGGAGGGGAACUGCAUUGAUUCUCAGUAUUACUGCAACUGUGAUGCUGACCGGAAUGAAUGGACCAAUGACACUGGAUUCCUUUCUUAUAAAGAACAUCUGCCAGUAACUAAGAUAGUGAUUACAGACACAGGCCGACCGCAUUCAGAAGCAGUUUAUAAACUGGGACCUCUACUCUGCCGGGGAGACAGGUCAUUUUGGAAUUCCGCUUCCUUCAAUACUGAGGCUUCAUACCUUCAUUUUCCUACUUUCCACGGAGAACUUAGUGCUGAUGUGUCUUUCUUUUUUAAGACAACAGCUUCAUCUGGAGUAUUUUUAGAGAACCUGGGGAUUACCGAUUUUAUACGGAUAGAGCUCCGCUCUCCGGCAGAGGUGACCUUUUCGUUUGACGUGGGGAAUGGCCCUUUGGAAAUCUCGGUGCAGUCACCCACUCACUUCAGCGAUAACCAGUGGCACCACGUUAAAGUCGAAAGGAACGUUAAAGAGGCAUCUAUUCAAGUGGAUCAGCUCUCGCAAAAGACACAGCCUGCCCCUGUUGAUGGGCAUGCCCUCUUACAGCUCAACAGCCAGCUUUUUGUGGGUGGGACAGCCACCAGACAGAGAGGCUUUCUGGGGUGUAUCCGGUCUCUGCAGUUGAAUGGGCUUGCCCUGGAUCUGGAAGAAAGAGCCAAGGUGACUCCGGGCGUGGAGCCAGGCUGUAGAGGACAUUGUGGCAGCUACGGAAAGUUGUGUCGCAAUGGAGGGAAAUGCAGAGAGAAGCCCAGUGGGUUCUCCUGUGACUGCACCUUCUCUGCAUACUCAGGGCCAUUCUGCUCGAAUGAGAUUUCUGCAUAUUUUGGAUCUGGCUCAUCCGUGAUUUACAAUUUUCAAGAAAAUUAUUCCUUAAGUAAAAACUCCAGCUCCCACGCUGCAUCAUUUCACGGUGAUAUGAAGCUGAGCAGAGAAAUGAUCAAAUUUAGCUUCCGAACAACACGAACACCAAGCUUGCUGCUCUAUAUCAGCUCCUUUUAUAAUGAAUACCUCUCAGUAAUCAUUGCCAAAAAUGGAAGUUUGCAGAUCAGGUACAAGCUGAAUAGACAUCAAGAUCCUGAUGUUGUUAACUUUGAUUUUAAAAGCAUGGCUGAUGGGCAGCUUCACCAUGUAAAGAUUAACAGAGAUGAAGGAGUGGUCUUUGUAGAGAUUGAUGAGAACACAAGGAGACAAGUCCACCUGUCAUCAGGUACAGAAUUCAGUGCAGUCAAAUCACUCGUACUGGGCAGGAUUUUAGAACUCAGUGAUGUAGACCAGGAGACGGCACUGGCCGGUGCUCAGGGCUUCAUGGGCUGCCUCUCUGCAGUGCAGCUCAGCCACGUGGCCCCUCUGAAGGCUGCUCUGCACUCCAGCCACCCAGCCCCUGUCACUGUUCAGGGACACGUGACUGAGUCCAGCUGUGUGGCCCAGCCUGGCACUGAUGCCACAUCAAGGGAAAGGACCCACUUGUUUGCAGAUCAUUCUGGAACAACAGAUGACAGAGAACCCAUAGCUAAUGCAAUCAGAAGUGACUCUGCAGUAAUUGGAGGUUUGAUAGCUCUUGUGAUCUUUAUCUUGCUUUGCAUCACUGCCAUAGCUGUUCGCAUUUAUCAGCAGAAAAGGUUAUACAAAAGAAAUGAGGCAAAAAGGUCAGAGAAUGUAGACAGUGCUGAGGGUGUUUUGAAAAGUGAGCUUAAUAUACAAAAUGCAAUCAAUGAAAAUCAGAAAGAGUACUUUUUUUGAUUGGCAACUAUGGUUUAACCCAUGAUUAUGACAGCCAGGGGCUCUCAAUGGACCAAAAAAAAAAAAA